CUUCCGGUAUAUGUCCGCGGGAGUCUCACCCGGUCCAAAGGAGCGCGCACCUCGUUACGGUUUGACGGUUACACACGGACACGCGCGGUGCCCCGUGUGCGUACGAGGGGGUACAUAUGGAAACGUGCACCCCAUGCAAGCUGCCUCUACAGGAAUGACAAAGGCGAGAGGGGAGGAGCUGCGUUUUCACACGACUUGGCUUAUGCGCUUUGGGCGGAGAAGAGGGAAAGAUCGCGCGGCGGCGGCGAGUCGCGCCCGCGAGGAAGUCGGAAGCGACCGCGUCCCGAGUCAGUCAGUCAGCCAGUCGAUUGUGGGGCAUUAACGCGCUUAGAUCGAUCAUCGCUGAUUGCGCGCGUUUCAGAAGCGCGUCCGCAGAAUGCGUGUGUGCGUGUGUACAAUUGUGUAUGGUGUUUGCUUCAACGUAUCUUACGCAAGGCAGUAACUUCAAGCGGGAACUAUCGUGCAGAAUCCGCUCGGGUCCUCGAAGAUAAUUAAGAGAGCGACGAGAAGAUUUAAAUAGUGACUGUAAAUCUCAUCUCGGUUGGAACAACUGAAUGAAAUGAUAAUCUGUCGUACGAUUUUCGAGUAUGACUCGAGACUUACGUUUGCCUUAAGGCUGCCUUGAAGAUCGGGAUCUACCGAGGAAGAACGCGUGUCGCGUGAGGGGGUAGUCGUCAUUAGGCAGUUUGUGGGGUUGCGACGGAGACCAUACGGUCGUUCUCCAGCCACGCGCCGACCAGCCGUGGGAGGGUCGUUCCGCUCCGUUGAAUCGUGAAAACACCCCCGUUGGAGCGAACAUUGCGUUAUACCCCGGCGCAUCCUAGACGCACCUCGGGAGUUCUUCGGCAGACAUUUAUCGAAUUCCCUGUUUCGCCCACGACGUACCCUGCAAGUACAAAAACAUUAUCUGAGAAGAUCGUCGAGUGCCUUAAGGUUCUUGUUCGUUUCACGAGAUAGUUACGCGCUCAUUCGCUCGUUCUUUGUAAUUCUAUGGGGUGAAAAUAGUGAUAUAAUCAUGAGUGCGUUCAAGAGGUAUCAGAGCCGAGUGUUUUGGAACCAAAUGGCCUCGCGCGACUUGGGGGAUGAUUAUUUUGUAGAAAAAAACGCUCUCCCUGAGCGCGAUCGUUUCGAAUCUCCUCCUCAUGAGGGAAACACGAAGGAGAGAGAAGAGGAAGAAGAAGAUUCGACCGGCAAGUCGGAAAAUGAUACAGUGAGCAGCGGCGAAAUCACCGCGAUACGCGUUUGCAGAAAUGCCGAUGAAGAUAUGGAACAAAAUACGUGUCAAAUUUCGUCAAUACACGACGAAAGUGUCGCGCGUUGCAGAAUGGACAUGGAAGAAUCGAAGGAGGAAGGAGAACACGAGGUUGUCGCGAAGAACAGAUCCUGCAGUCCGCUGAGCCAAGAUCUCAAAAGUCUGGAUUCCGGGUUCUCCGACUCCGAGAGAUCGAACUGCUCGGAGGCCUACGAAAACGCGACUCCGAAGCGGAAGUCGAGACGCAGGAGAAUACGAGAACGAAGAAUUCAGCCAAAGAUCGCUUCGCCGUGGCUGGAAGAAGUAUCACCUCCGAAUCCGAUGCACACUUCCACGCCGAAAAACUCCAGAAUAUCACAGAUAACGAGAAACCGUCUGGGAGGACGGGCAGGAAGCUGCUCGCAAGGACGAAGGGCUACCGACGAGACCCUACCGGGCAAUGCACCGAAGAUACGUCCGUUGAUACUCUCGUCCGUUGGGUCACUAGAGGGUGAGUGCCUGGGUGAUUUUCUGUACGCGUCCGAACCGCCGGAAGACAGCGUUCAGCCGGCGACUGCGAAAUCGCCGAUUUCCAUCGAUUCCGCCGACGACGCGAUAUCCGCCGGCAGGGACGUGUUAAAGUCGAGAAAUUACCGUCAAUCGUCGUCCAUGAGGGCCUGGUUGACAGAUCUCGCCAUGGAGACCGAGAACGAGUGCAUCCACGCUCUCCAGAGUAAGAAUCUGCCGCGCAGAAGAGCACUGGUGGUGUCCGGGGAAGCACACGCACGCGACCUCAAGAUGAUGUCCUCUGCGGCUACCGCGGCCGCGAGCAAACUGUUGGCCAAUGCAGAGCAGUUUGAGCAACAUUAUCGUAAUAUUGUCGAGAAAAUAACGUGUCUGGAAGGCGGCCGAUCCGAGAUGGGGCUUCUCCGCAGCAUCGAGGAAGCCGCGUUCGCGAUCCUCUCACAAUUAGGAGCGCCACCACCGCGACGGAUUCAACAAGGCAGUCUAAGAAGCAUUCUCGCACAGCUGCAAAACAUGAAGACAUACGUCGACGGUACAAUUGACACGCGCUUGGACUUCUACAUAGAGAAAAUAAUUCGCGGACUCGAGGAAGCGCCGCACGAAGACAGUAGCAUAGCCAGAGGCGCUUUGGCAGCUUUGACCGCGUUGGGACUGUCAGACUCCCGCGCAGGAAGCAGCAUAGCCCGAUGCUCCGGGAUAAAGGCGCUCCUGAUGUGUCUCAUCGGUACCGGUUCUCGAGAAUCGUCAUCAUCGGGCGACUUGAUUGCGGUCUCGCUGCGUGCUCUGGCUAGUAUAUGCUCGUCAACAACCGCUAUUGAAUACUUCGUCCGAGACGGCGGGCCUGAAAUCUUGACGGACCUGUUAGAGGCGGAAUCCACUCGCGAAAAAGAGAAAACCGAAGCCGCCGCCUUAGUGGUACAGAUCACGGCGCCGUGGACCAACGCGAUGGGUCUGCCUUACCUCGAGCCUUUCGCGGGCUCCUUGAUACCGGCGCUGAAUCGACUGCUUGAGAAUACUAGCUGCGCUCAGACAUUGCUGUUAACGGCUGCCGCACUCAAUAACAUGUCUAAGUCGCGACUGUGCAGCGAUGUUAUAUUGAGGGAAGACAGCGUAAGGAAGUUGCUGAAGAGCGUGAAGAAGUCCGCAGUCGGCGGUAACGUCUGGCUGAUGGAACAGGUGGCCGCGCUGAUCGGCGAAUUGGCGCGCACCCCCGCGGGCCGGACGCACUUGGCGCAAGUACGCGCCUCUGUAGCGUUAGUUUCCUUCCUGAGAAUGAGACCGCCAGGCUUAGAGGACGCGUAUCGUCGGCUGGAGAUCACCGCAGCUGCCGCGCUCACCAGGCUCUGCGUGGAGCCGGAAAUCGCGCGGCAAGUGGUCGCAGUCGGCGGCGGCGAUUGCCUUCCGGCUGUCUACGACUUCGACAAGCCGGCCGGAGUGGAAAACGACGAGGUGCAGGUAGAAGCGGGUUUGUUAAAAUAUACCAGGUCGUUGAGGCGAGCGUGCAAGAAGGCGGCGAGGCAAAUCGGGAUCGCAAAGGCCAAGGAUCGCAGCACGUUGGAUUAAGGAGGCACUCCAUAAGUAA